ACUUUCGCUUUCGCUUUAUGUGUUCACCAGUUGUGUAAACGUGGUUAUAUAACGCAGAAAGUUUGCCUCAGACACAUCUGAGCUUUUCGGGACUUUUUCAAGUUUAGUCUUUUCAGUCUUCAGAUUUACAUUUACUACCAGAACCUGUACCGUUAGACCUUUAUCAUUUGGCCAUGGAAUUUCUGAAGUCAUACAAGGAGGACCUGUGCAAGUGGUUAUCGACGAUGGAUGCUGAGUUUAUCAUUGACAAGUGUGACAAUCUCCUAACAGCUAAACAGGAUAAGGCUAUUCGCAAUCAAAAAACGGAUCCAGGGAAGAUCAGUCUUCUUUUGGAGACAUUCAUUGAAAUGGAAGAAAGUACAUGUCAGAACUUCCUUAAGCUUCUGAAGAAAGAGCAGACACAUUAUCCAGGCCUUCAACAACAUUUCAGCAAGAGCACACAAGCUUCAUCCAGCCCAAAGGUGUAUGCGGAUUGCAACAGCACUGUUGAUACCAGGAAAGUCACCAAUGUCCGCGGUAUUAAAGACUUAGACAUGCAUGUAACCGUUCAAGCAGGAUCGGGGAAUCGAUCUGGAAUGAACGUCAGCCAACCACCCCCACAUGCAGAAGUGGUUGCAACAAAACACAGCCAUAUAUUUGCAUCAGAGAUAUCGAACUGUACAAUCGAUGGCAACCUCAAUAUGUCUGUGAUGCAGGCCCCAGCCCCCCAGGCCCCACAGUGUCCAGUGCCACCAAAGCAAACAGAAGAUGUGUCCUCUUCUCAGGGCCCUGCCAUGAAAAUGAUCAUUGAGAAUAAGGUGAAACUCAUCGACUGGCUCCGAGCAGAUUCUGGCUUCAUUCUUCAACAUGUGCACUCCAAACGUGUUGUUACCGAUAGAGAGUAUCAAGAGCUGAAGAGCCUCUCAGUACCAGAGGCUGCUGUGACUGACCUGAUUGACAAGAUGAUUCUCAAAAAGGAAGAGACAUGCUCUCAGUUUCUUGAUACUCUCAAAGAAAGUGAGGUGAAUGACACCUAUCCCGAACUUAAGAAGUGGAUUACCACCAUAUUCUGACUAGGACCAUCACAGCCCAAGAACAUGACAUAUUCUCCAUCGAUCUCUUCAAUUUCAGACAAACGUGGGUUUUUGAAAAGAAACCGCACAGCUCUGGUUAGCCAGGUGAAAAACGUGAAGGCCAUUGUCGAUGAUCUGCAGAGUGGAGGUUGUCAUGAUGAAAUGGCUGCCAUCGUGAAUGCCCAGUUGACACCACAAGAAAUGAUGAGGAAGCUCCUGGAUAGCGCGACCAGCACCGGGGCUGCUAACGCCCUGAUUCAAGCCCUUUUAACUCAUCAGAAGGAUGUCAUGGAUGACCUGAUUGCUGAAAAUGCUUGAAGAGGUCAAUUGGUUCUUCAUUAUAAUUGAUCUAUUUUUUACCUUUUUUAUAUCACUUUCUUAUUCAUCUUAGCCACCAGCCUGGUCUCAUAGUCAACUUACAUCUGGGACACUCAGACUAGUAUAAUAUGCUACAGUACAUUUGAUUGUCAUGAUAUGUUACAAAUUGUCAUUUGUAACAUAUCAUAGGAAAUGGAUGAUGGACAUCCACAAAUUAAUACAUUCCAUACGAAAGGUAACAUAGCAUACUAAUUGGCUGUCCUAGAUAUAUAUAUACUCUGUCUACCCCUGAGUCCAGGCUGUUGCCACGUGUAAUUAUUGGUGGUGGUGCUAUUUUUUAUUGACAAAACCGGGACAAUAUAAUCUUUUAAGGGAAACAUUUCUAUAAAAAAUGCAAGACAAUAUAUUUUGAUUAUGUUUACUAUGGUUCUUUACAUUCCAAAUAUAAAAUGUAACAGUGCAGUUUGAAGAUUUACCGCCACAUUACCUUUAAAUGAAAACAUCAGAAAACACUGGUAACUUAGCACAUUAUUCAAAUCAAAUCAAAUGCAAUUUUAUUUGUCACAUACGCUACCGUUCAAAAGUUUGGGGUCACUUAGAAAUGUCCUUUUAAAAAAAAAGAAAAGCACAUUUGCAAAAUUAUUUUCCAAUGAUCAAUUAGCCUUUAAAAAUGAUAAUUUUGGAUUAGCUAACACAACGUGCCAUUGAAACACAGGAGAGAUGGUUGCUGAAAAUGGGCCUCUGUACUCCUAUGUAGAUAUUCCAUAAAAAAUCUGCUGUUUCCAGCUAGUCAUUUCCAACAUUAAUAAUGUCUACAGUUUAUGUCUGAUCAAUUUGAUGUUAUUUUAAUGGACAAAAAAAUGCUUUUCUUUCAAAAACAAGGACAUUUCUAUGUGACCCCAAACUUUUGAACAGUAGUGCACACAUGGUUAGCAGAUAAUAAUAUGAGUGUAGCGAAAUGCUUAUGCUUCUAGUUCCGACAGUGCAGUAAUAUCUAACAAUAAUAUCUAACAAGUAGUCUAACAAUUUCCCAACACCUACCUAAUACACACAAAUCUGAAGGGGUGAAUGAGAAUAUGUACAUGUAAAUAUAUGGAUGAGCGAUGGCGAAGGUGCAAUAGAUGGAAUAAAAUACAGUAUAUACAUGUGAUAUGAGUAAUGUAAGAUAUGUAAACAUCAUUCAAGUGGCAUUAUUUUACAGUGUAUUGUAUAAAGUGACUAGUGCUCCAUUUAUUGAAAUGGCCAGUGAUUGGGUCUCAAUGUAGGCAGCAGUCUCUCUGAGUUAGUGAUUGCUGUUCAGCUGUCUGAUGGCCUUGAGAUAGAAGCUAUUUUUCAGUCUCUCGGUCCCAGCUUUGAUGCACCUGUACUGACCUCGCCUUCUGGAUGGUAGCGGUGUGAACAGGCAGUGGCUCAGGUGGUUGAUGUCCUUGAUGAUCUUUUUGGCCUUCCUGUGGCAUCGAGUGCUGUAGGUGUCAUGGAAGGCAGGUAGUUUGCCCCCGAUGAUGCGUUGUGCAGACCGCACCAACCUCUAGAGAGUCUUGCAGUUGAGGGCGGGUCAGUUGCCGUACCAGGCUGUGAUAUAGCCCGACAGGAUGCUCUCGAUUGUGCGUCUGUAAAAGUUUGUCAGGGUUUUGGGUGACAAGCCAAAUUUCUUCAGCCUCCUGAGAUUGAAGAGGCGCUGCUGCACCUUCUUCACAACGCUGUCUGUGUGAGUGGACCAUUUCAGUUCGUCUGUGAUGUGUAUGCCGAGGAACUUAAAACUUUCCAACUUCUCCACCGCUGUCCCUUCGAUGUGGAUAGGGGGUUGCUCCCUCUGCUGUUUCCUGAAGUCCACGAUCAUCUCCUUUGUUUUGUUGACGUUGAGUGAGAGGUUGUUGGUAAUCAUGCCCACUGCUGUAGUGUUGUCUGAAAACUUGAUGAUUGAGCUGGAGGCGUGCUUGGCCACGCAGUCGUGGGUGAACAAGGAGUACAGGAGGGGGCUGAGUGUUGAGGGUCAGUGAAGUGGAGAUGUUGUUUCCUACCUUCACCACAUGGGGGCGGCCCGUCUAUAAGUCCAGGACCCAAUUGCACAGGGCGUGGUUGAGACGCAGGGCCUCCAGCUUGAUGAUGAGUUUGGAGGGUACUAUGGUGUUGAAUGCUGAGCUGUAGUCAACGAACAGUAUUCUUACAUAGGUAUUCCUUUUGUCCAGAUGGGAUAGGGCAGUGUUCAGUGUGAUGGCUAUUGCGUCAUCUGUGGACCUUUUGGUGCAGUAUGCAAACUGAAGUGGGUCUAGGGUAGCCGGUAAGGUGAAAUAAUCCUUGACUAGUCUCUCAAAGCACUUCAUGAUGACAGAAGUGAGUGCUACGGGGCGGUAGUCAUUUAGUUCAGUUAUCUUUGCCUUCUUGGGUACAGGAACAAUGAUAGCCAUCUUGAAGCAUGUGGGGACAAAAGACUGGGAUAGGGAGCGAUUGAAUAUGUCCGUAAACACACUAGCCAGCUGGUCUGCGCAUGCUUUGAAGACGCGGCUAGGGAUGCCGUCUGGGCCAGCAGCCCUGCGAGGGUUAACACGUUUAAAUUCAGAGCACGUUAGUGAGGGUAUGAGGUUCCGCAGACACAAACACCCAAUGUCCAAUCUUGCUUCAAUAUUAAAUCAAGUAAAGAUUCCAUAAUCCUAAUAUACCUGGGUAAAAUUACUUCCUGAAUGUGUCUAGAUAUUGCACAGAAAAACUUAAGCUCAGUGUUCCAUUUCUCAGCCAACCUAUUUCCAUUUUAUUUAAACACAACAUGUUAUCACAAUGCCUACAGGUGUUGCAGUACAUGUAAUUGUAACAGUGUAAAUAAGUUGUUAAAUUCCUGCAUAAAAUGGGUGUUAUGCCGUC